CUGACGUUUCGGGCCUAGACCCUUCUUCAGCCUACUUGACGCUUCCUUAUUCCCCGUCCCCGAGCCCCCUUACAAAGUUAUUCGUGAGCAAUAACCUACGUGACAUGGUCAUGCCUUGUCUACGCGUCUCUGUGUUGAAGUUUUCUUUUCCGCUUAUUGUUUUGUUGGAUUUUUGUUUUGCUGGUAGGCCCAUUAUUCAUUUGUCGGAAUUCCCGGCAUUGUUUUUAAGGAGUAGAGGAGCAAACCUUGCAGGAUUAAGCGCUCAAACGGUGAACACAUCAUCUGUGACUAGCUCGGCCAUUUUUGCUCGUUUUUGCGAUGAUCGUUACCAGCGAGGCAGAGGUUUUUGCUCUUUAAGGGGAGCGUGAGUGAACGGUCUGCGGACUACAAUUCCAACACUCUCCAAGAAAAAUGGUAUUUCGGAGAUAACGGGAACUGCAGAAGCUGGAGAAUCCGGGAUAACUAAAUGUGGAGCUGGAUGAACACAGCGGGCCAAGCAGCAUCCCAGGAGCACAAAAGCUGACGUUUCAGUAUUUCGGGCCGUUUAACGUCCGGCUCGGGUGACGUCACAACCGAGGGGGUGUCAUGGCGACGGGCGGCGCCGUUAUCGUCAGCAGCUCACUUCAGGUGCGGGUCGGUGUGGGGUCACCGUCAGUUGCCCCCAUCACAUCGUCAUCCACCGAAACCCAGCUCCAAGGUCCUGAAUUCCCUCAGCACAGCUAAUGGAAUGAGGCGAAGGUUUUACACUCUGCUGUCACAGGAGGUGCCAGGUCCAUGCGUGCCCCGUGGCUGGGCCCAGGCGCACCUUGGUAGCUGGUGAGCCCUCACCUGACUUACAGCAUUGGUGUCCAUGUGGAGGGUACAGUCACCCACUUCUAAUAAAUAAGACUGCGACAUCAAACACAGUGGUGCAAGUCUGCCUAUCAAACAUGUACUGUAGAAGUGAGCUUGAAAAUCUUUCUCAUCAUGAAGUGAUUUCUUCCUUGUCUAAUCAGCAGCAACGAAUUAGGUUCUCUGAUUCUGUGAUAUCUGGAUCAAUCAUUUUCCCACUUUCUGGUAUUGCUUUUAUUGUAAUGGAGAUCGAAGAUUUCUGCAAUAGUUCUCAAGAAACAAAGCUGAUGGAGCAAAUUGAACAAUUUGUUCACAUUCAUCGCAACAGUUUUUUGCUUUUGGCUGCUGCCCUUUAUGGUGUGAAAGAAUGGGAAAUACUAUUUAAAAUUCAACAAAGGUUUUUAGGUAGUAAUCUGAGAAUCAUCCCUGCACACAAUUCUGCUGAUAUGGUCAAGAGUAUGCUGACUAUAGCCAAGGUUACAUGUAAACCUCACGUGGACAGUGUUCGUGACCGCAUCGCCAUGAUCAGAGCUCAGAUCAUAGAACAUAGUCCUGUCUGGGAGAUGCUUCACAAGCGACAGCUGAAUGAUAUGUAAAGUGAGCAAUUAUGAAUGUGAUAUUAUUAUUGCACAGUGCUUUGUGGUCUGUAGAACUAUG